AUGUAUCUAUCAAUAUUUAUGUUCAUUCUAUCUAUCUAUCUAUCUAUCUAUCUAUCUAUCUAUCUUUUUUUCUUUCUUUCGUUCUUUCUGUUUAUACCCCAUCUCACCACCGCAUCGUUCAUCGUUCUUAGGUGUCUCACCGCCAAUCGCUUAGAUCCCAUCCCACCCCUACGCAUCGUUCCUGUCUCACCGCAUCGUUCCUGUCGUUCCUGUCCGCCUACGCUUAGACCCCAUCUCACCACCUACGCAUCGUUCCUAUCUCACCGCCUACGCUUAGGACCCCAUCUCACCACCUACGCAUGGUUCCUAUCUUACCGCCUCACGCUUAGACCCCAUCUCACCACCGCACGCAUCGUUCCUCUUAGAUCCCAUCUCACCACCUCGUUUCCUAUCUCACGCAUCGUUCCUGUCUCACCGCCUACGCUUAGACCCCAUCUCACGACCCACGCAUCGUUCCUGUCUCACCACCGCUUUAGGUCCCAUUACGCAUCGUUCCCAUCUCACCAUCCCAUCUCACCACGCAUCGUUCCUAUCUCACCGCCUAAGCUUAGAUCCCAUCUCACCACCUACGCAUCAUCCCAUCUCACCAUCGUUCCUGUCUCACCGCCUAAGCUUAGAUCCCAUCUCAACACCUACGCAUCGUUCCUAUCUCACCGCCUACGCUUAGACCCCAUCUCACCACCUACGCAUCGUUCCUAUCUUAACGCCUACGUUAGACCCCAUCUCACCACCGCAUCGUUCGUGUCUCACCGCUUUAGGUCCCAUCUCACCACAUACGCAUCACCACCACGCGUUCCUAUCUCACCGCCUAAGCUUAGACCCCAUCUCACCACCUACGCAUCGUUCCUGUCUCACCGCCUACGCUUAGACCCCAUCUCACCACGCAUGUUCCUGUCUUACCGCCUCAUCCCAUCUCAACACCUACGCAUCGUUCCUAUCUCACCGCCACGCUUAGACCCCAUCUCACCACGUACGCAUCGUUCCUAUCUCACCGCCGACGACCCCAUUAGACCCCAUCUCACCACCCCACGCAUCCCGUUCACUGUCGUUCAUCCACUAAGCUUAGAUCCCAUCUCACCACCUACGCAUCGUUCCUGUCUCACCGCCUCACGCUUAGACCCCAUCUCACCACCUACGCAUCGUUCCUGUCUCACCGAUCCCAUCUCACCACCUACGCAUCACCCCAUCCCCAUCUCACCACGUACGCAUCGUUCCUAUCUCACCGCCUACGCAUCGUUCCUAUCUCACCCCAUCUCACCACCUACGCAUCGUUCCUGUCUCACCGCCCGCUUAGACCCCAUCUCACCACCUACACGCAUCGUUCCUGUUAGAUCCCAUCUCACCACCUACGCAUCGUUCCUACCCUAUCUCACGACCCACGCAUCGUUCCUGUCUCACCGCCUGAGCUUAGGUCCCAUCUCACCACAUACGCAUCGUUCCUAUCUCACCCGCCUCAAGCUUAGAUCCCAUCUCACCACCUACGCAUCGUUCCUAUCUCACCGCCCAGGCUUAGACCCCAUCUCACCACGCACGCAUCGUUCCUGUCUCACCGCCUACGCAUCGUUCCUUACCGCCUACGGGUCCCAUCUCACCACCUACUAUCUCAUCGUUCCUAUCUCACCGCCUACGCUUAGACCCCAUCUCACCACCUACGCAUCGUUCCUGUCUCACCGCCUACGCUUAGACUCCAUCUCACCACCUACGCAUCGUUCCUAUUUCACCGCCUACCUUAAUCCAUACGCAUCGUUCCUGUUUUUAUUUUAA